AUGCGCAGUAGCUAGAUCUACAUGGAAAUGGCGCCUGCGUUGAACUCCAGCAAGCGGGCAGAUAACUCGUAGCUAGUGCAACUAAUUCAGUAGACACGGUUCUUCAUACUGAAACAUUUGUGGGUUUUCGACAGUUGUCCUAAAAAAAACAAAAGUGUUUAUAAGAAAAUCGGAUUAUUAUGACAGGGCCGAGGAAGAGUCCCAACGGAAAAUAUAUCACAUUUUAUUAGUUACUAACGUCGUUGGUAGUACGACGGUCAACAUCAGUGAACAUGCGUGACCUGGCUGCCCAGGUCACCAGCAGCCUGCUGCGUUUCCCAGGGGUGACUGUAGAUGCUCUGGGGGAGGAUGAGAUCACCCUGGACUCUGUGCUUCAUGGGAAGUUCACUGUUGGUCGUAGCGGGCUAGCUUGGCUCGCCUGUGGGCCCCAGCUGGAGGUGGUCCAUGCGGUGACGGGUGAGCGCCUGUCCGCCUACUGCUUCUGUGGCGACGGAGAGCACCCCCCCAGCGUGCUGGCAGCCAGGGACUUCUGCUGGCUGAAAAGGACCGGGCUGCUGGUGGGCCUUGAGGAGGCCCAGGGCAGCAUGCUCUGUCUCUAUGACCUGGGUAUCUCUCGAGUGGUCAAAGCUGUAGUCAUACCGGGCAGGAUCAGGGCCAUCGAGCCCCUGGUGAGCUAUGGCGGGGCCAGUGCCAGCACACAGCACCUCCACCAGAGCCUGCGCUGGUUCUUUGGUGUGGCAGCGGUGGUCACGGACCUGGGACAUGUCCUCCUAAUGGACCUGUGUCUGGAUGACCUCUCCUGCAGCCAGAGCGAGCUGGAGCCCUCAGAUCUGGAGGUUGUGAGUAAGUCCCUAGCUGAAAUCCCCCGGCUACGUGAGCAGGAGACGCGUCAGGGGAGACAUCUCUGUCUGCAGCUGAGCAGCCCCACGGGCACAGGGGCCACGGCUCUGCAGUACAUCCCCCGCACCAACCAGCUGGCCGUGGGCUUCUCCGACGGAUACCUGCAACUCUGGAACAUGAAGACGCUCAAGAAGGAGUAUCACUCCCAGCUGGAGGGUGGCAGGGUGCCAGUGUAUGCCUUCACAUUCCAGGAGCCAGAGAACGACCCCCGCAACUGCUGUUACCUGUGGGCCAUCCAGUCUGCCCAAGACCAUGAGGGAGACGUGGUCAGUCUGCACCUGCUCCAGCUGGCCUUCAGUGAGAGGAAGUGUUUGGCCUCAGGAAAGAUCCUCUAUGAGGGUCUGGAGUACUGUGAGGAACGGUACAGUCAGGAGCUGAGCAGCACAGCCUUCCCCUUGAGGGCUCAGGCCACCAACACCCGCCUGCUCAGCUGCCAGACCAUCGAGAAGUUCCGACACCACCCUGACAGAGACGACAGCAUGAACGAAGUUGCGUCUCCAGACACCAGCGUGUCCAUUUUCAGCUGGCAGGUGAAGGCCUACGGACAGGGCAACCCUUCCACUUACAUCGGCGUCUUUGACAUCAACAGAUGGUACCAUGCACAGAUGCCUGACUCUCUGAGAACGGGGGAGUCUCUGCGCAGCUGUCCCUACCUGGCCGUGUGGUCUCUGGAUUCGGUGGUGGAGAUGACGUCACCCUGCCCCCUGUUGGACGUCCUGGUGCACGAGCGCAGCCUGAGCCGCGGCCUGCCCUACACCUGCCCCCCGCCAGAACAGUUCUUCAAACCCACCACAUACAACUUCGAUGCAACCUGUUUGCUCAACACUGGUAUUGUGCACUUAACUUGCUCUGGGUAUCAGAAAGAGACUCUGAGCUUCUUGAAGAAGGCUGCUCCCUGCUCCAGUGAUGUCAUCUCAAAUGGCUACUCCCGCUGCCUGAUGUCCGGCCUGCUCUCCUCUCGCCUGGCUGACGUGCAGCCCUCCAGCCUCUCUCAGGAAGAGCAGUUGGACGCCAUCUUGUCUACAGCCAUAGAGACCAGCUCCUUGGGCCUGAUCACCAGCUGUAUCAAGCAGUGGACCGCUGAGGAGCAACCAGGCUCUGCGGUGAACCUGCGCUACAUUCUGGAGUGGGCCUGGGACAAGGUGGUUCACACCAAGGAGCAGCUGGAUGGCAUAUGUGCUCCCCUGUUUGACAGCUCAUCUAACUUCACGGACUCCCCGACCCUUCAGCUGCUGCAGCACAGCCAGAGGCUACUGGGGAACCUCAGCACCAUCUUCCACUGUCUGCUCAGAGAGGCACAGGAACUCACUCAGCGAGGUCUGCUGGGUCUCAUCAAUAAGAAUCUGGUGUCCAGCCUUAUCUCUCAGUACGCCCAGGUGGUCCUCUGGUUCUGUCGGACUGGACUCCUGCCCGAGGGCUCCGAUGAGGAUGCUGUGCAGAUCCCCCGGCCCUUCUACAGCUACUCUGUGAACCAGAACUACUACACCAUCCGCAGAGAGGAGCUGCAGCAGCUCUCCAAGGGGAAGUGGUGUGCAGACUGCCUGAUGAUUGAUGGCUUAGUCGCCCAAUGCGGUGAUCGCUUGGUUGACCUGUGGAAACGGGACGAGGGCGGGACGGGACAGUAUCCGCCACCUACGCUACACGGCCUGCUGGAUAUUUACCUCCUGGAGAACAUAGAUGAAUCUGCUAAGCACGCCAUCGUGAUCUACCUGUUGUUGGAUGUGAUGUAUUCCUUCCCCAACAAGAGCGGUGGGUCUGUGGAGUCCUUCCCCACUGCAUUCGCCAUCCCCAUCGGCCUGGUCAAACUGGUGCAGGGCUUCUGGCUGCUGGACCACCACGACCACCAGAACUCCCUAGAGAUGCUGCUGCACCCCACCACCUUCCCGUCCCUGUGGGGCUGGCAGCAUGAUCGCAUCCUGCAAGCUCUCAUGUGCCAGGGGAAACACGGGAUCGCCCUGCGCUACCUCCACGUUAUGAAGCCCCCCCUCUCUUCCACCUCUCAGGCCCAGCUCUGCCUGGCUGUGUUGCUACACAACAGGUGUCUGGUGGAGGCCUGGGCCAUGCUGAGGCAGCACUCCAACAGCCUGAACACGGAGGAGUUGUUAAGUUUCCUCUACCAGACCUGUCAGGAGCUUGGCCUCAUGAAGGAGCUGCUCAAACUGCCCCUGGGUCUGGCUGAACAAGAGUGCUUGGAGAGGUUCCUGCAGGGUACAGGGGGUCUCCAGAACAGAGAGCUACUGAUGAUGCACUAUCUGCAGCAGGCUAACUACGUCCCCGCCCUGCAGCUCAACCACACCCUCAAGAUGAACAUGGUGAACGAGAGGGAUCCCAAGCUGAAGGAGAGAACCAAAACCAGGAACUCAAUCCUGGACCAGUACGGGAAAGUUCUUCCUCGGGUCCAGAGGAAGCUGGCCAUGGAAAGAGCUAAGCCAUACCACCACCCCUCCACCAUCCUCAGAGAGGUGUCGCGGCCACAGCCGCUGUCGACCAUCGCCAAGCGGUCGGCCAAUGAGAACGUGCUGACCAGAGCGGCAUUCAUCAACAGUGUCCUGUCGAAGAUCGAGGAGGUGUGGGUGGGGAAGAACCCCACGCCCCAGUCCUCCCCACUCAAGAGCCCCAGGGCAGCGGAGGUACUCUUCCCCUCCCGGGAUCUGCCCGAGGCCUUCGUGGGCACGCCUAUCACCAUGGCCUCCAAGAGGAAGUCCAGGGUGUUGGACCUAGUGGUUCACCCCUCUCAGACCACUCCUCCAGAUGGGGCACGACCCCUGCUGACACCCCCUAGGGCAGCUAGCUCCUGGAACCUCCCCAAAAGCAUCAACAAGGCCCCUGAGCUCAGCCUGCUGCAGACCCCACAGGUGGUCAAGCGAGCGCGAGCCCUGGCAACGUCCGGUCCUUUGUUCUCGGCCUUCACCCCUCAGUCCAUCCUGAGGAGCAGCCUGCGCCCCACCCCCGUGGCCACCCCCUCUGCCUCUCCCGGGCGCUCUGUCACCCCCCCACUGUGCCCAAAGGAGAGCAGAAUCACCUUCAUCGAGGAGACCGCCUCGCAGUCAGAGAAAGGCACCCUCCACUGGAGCAACGGGAUUGCAACCGAGAAUGAGAUUAGCCUGCUGACCAGAGGCUCUCCACUGUCAAAGGCUGGACCUGAGGCCUGGACCUCACACUCUGCUGACUAUGAUGAGGAAGGGCAGGAAGAGGAGGUGAAGGUCACACAUGUGAAGUUCCUGCAACCACCGGUCCGCGAGCCCUCACCAGAGAGGGGAGAGUCUGAGAGCGGCUUCUCUGUCGUGGUAACUGCAUUGCCUAGCACGUUGCCAGGACGACUCAGCCUUGGUUUGGAGACGAGCCAGGCCUCUGUCCUUUCAAUGGACACCACACUGGAGUUCCAUGAUGCACCUCUGCCUGAAGACCUGGAGAUGGAGGCGCUUCAACAUCCAGCCAAUGAGGUCACAGAUGAGGAUGAUGAUGAAGUGGUGGUUAACCUCAAAACUCAAGCAGUACUGGAAGCCCCACUCUCAAAGGAGGAAGUGCAGCCUGCAGCAGCCAAUGAGCUGACUCUCCUCCUGUCACUGGAGGAAGGGCAGAACAAGGACCUGGAAGUAAAGGAAGAGGUCAGCAGAGAAGUGGAGCUGGACCAGGAUGUAGGGGAGAUGGAGGUCAGCCCUGAACAAGAGUCUAAGGCUGAAAAGGAAGUUGUAGUCCAACCAAGGGUCACACGGGCAGUAGAACCAACUCCUAACACAGUGGUGGUUGAGGAAUCUGAUCUUCACCAGGAAGUUAUUGAUAUGCCCAACCAUGAGCUUGAGGUGGAGACUGAGGAGGAGACUCCCAAAGAGGAUGAAUCUCAACCCACUGAACCAAUGAAACCUGUGGAUGCCACAGAACACACUGAUCUGGAUGAGUUUGUGGAGCGCCAUCUGUUUGGCAACGACCUGUCUCCUCCCCUGACCCGCUCGGGCAUCCACAAGGCUUCUGACAACUGGACAUCCUUCAACAGUGAGCCUGUGUGUGACGUGGUAAAGGAGGAGUCUACUCCUACAGCCGUCCCCCUGGCCCUCACCACCCAGAAGUCUCUGGUGUCCAUAGCCACCUCCGACCCCACGGGCACCGACUCCCAAUCUGUGGUGAGCCUGAAUGACAGUGAGGAACUGUCUAGUUCUGUGUUGGAGGAUGAUGAUGAUGAAGAUGAGUCAGAUGGUCCAGCUGAGCAGGACUCUGGCAGCGAGGUGGAGGUCAUCGAGGAGGUGCAGGGGAACGGGAGGCAGCAAGCCCCCUUGCCGCCCCCCUCUCUCUUCCUGGACCAUCUCCCGCAGCCACACCCCCAGUUCCUGCCUGCACUAUCGGAGCAGGAUGCAGCUGUGCUCUCAUUGGUCACCACAGAGGCAGACCUAAAGAUGGUGGAGGAUGACCUAGAGGGGGAGGUGAUGAUGGUGAGGCUGGGGGUAGGAGGAGACGAGGCAGAGGGGGUUUGCUACACAGAGCUGAAGCCCUCCACCACCCUGCUGGUUCCUCUGGAGCUGGUGGAGGGUCAUGCCCUGGCCGACGGCGCCCACCUGGGGCUCAUUGAGGUGGGGGAAGGUAGCCAACCAGAGGUAGCCACCUCUGGAGCCCACAGCAGCUUCUCUCUGAUUCUGGAGGAUGGGGAUGACGAUGCAGACACUGUACCACUAGAACCCAGUAAGCAUCUGACCACAGAGGAGGCAGGUGGCACGUCUGAGACGCCUGUGACCGACCCGGAGGUCAUCUGCCUGAGUACGGACAACCAGGACACCCCCCUGGCUGCAGCUGAGCCCCUGCAGGAGCAGAAGGCUGAGAUGGACACCCUGGAGGGGAUGGACACCCUGGAGGGGAUCAUGGAUAGCUGGAUGGAGGCAGAGACUGGUGGAACUGAGGCCAUGUCAAUGGAGAAUGUUCCUCUCGUCACGGACGUCCUGCCUGAAUCCUUUGAGGUUAAACCAGCCAGAUCAGCUGAAGAUGUUGACACAGACCAUGUAGAAGAGCCAGAUGAGAUCCCUGCUGACUCUGAACCAACCAAAGCAGAAGAGGCGUCACCAGUCCUGGAUGAGAAUGAGCAGCCGAACGGAGCGUUGGAGGAAACGGAAGAGAUGACCAUGGAAGAGGAGACUCUCUCGUGUGCUCGUCGAAAGGAGGAGAUGAAGGCAGACGUUGUUGAGCUAGAAGAAGAGCGAGAGGAGCCUGUCACUGUCCCUGCAGACCAGCCUCUGUCUCAGGUAGAAAGCAAUGACUCCAUCCAGUCAGAUAACCAUGAACCUGUCCAGGGAGAAGCCAUAAGUGAGUUGGCAGCCAUACUUGAAGAAGAAGCAGCUCAAACCGGAAAGCUCUCUAUAGCCAGUUUGGAGGAGAGGAAUCCGGACAAGACCUCCAACAGCCAGUCUAAGUCUGUGGAGGAAAUCUCAGUGGGGGUCAGGAAAGCCCCGUCCACUCCGACACGCAGGAUAACCAACCAGAGGAAGAUGGUGAAGUUUACCUCAGUGGAGGCGGAGAGGCCUGGGUCAGAGGACGAGAGGCCGGCGGGACAGACGGAGAUGGAGACAGACGCUCAGGUCCCAAUCACACCCAGACGGAGAACCAGGAGCUGCCGGCACGGCCAGGACUUCGGAGUUCCCGUCACACCUCGCCGAAGCGCUCGGAAAACUGAAUCCCAGCCAGAACCGGAGCCUUGGAGAGAGCAGGAGGAGAGGAAAAGGGAGGAAGAGGUCCCGGCGGCAACUGUGGUCCUCUCAAAGGACACCCCGACCAAGCGGCGCACUCCACAGAAGGCCACUCCGAGGACGGGAACCCGCCAUACCAGGAACACCCAGGUUGGGAGCAACAGAGAGCGAACAGCCAUGGAUGAAACAGCCAACCAGGUGUCAGUUCAGUCUGUUACACGCAGCGCUAGGAAGAGCACAACUGAAACCAAGACCCCAGCCGCCCAUACUCAGUCGGUGGUCCCUGAGGAGGAAGAGAAGGGGAAUGAUGAAAGGGCCAAACAGCCCAGCAGUCCAGGCAGGGUGACCCGCAAAUCGACCCGUGCGGGCGUGACCCUCUCCCUUUUCACAGAGGAAGUGGUUGCCCUGACCCCUCCCCGCAGCCGGAGGAAGACGAGGGUUGAAGGCACCGCUGAGAAGACGCCCUCCGCACUCGCCCUGGAUGACCCGCCCCUCAGCGUCUACCGUCGACCAACCAGGAGCCGCCUGUGGAACCACCAGGAGGAGGACCUUCCCCUGUUGGAGACGCCGCUGGAGGUGGUCUCCGGAACGCCGGUGGCCGACGCCCUCAUCCAGAGACUCCGUGACGAGGAGGUCAAGAGGGAAGUGGUUGAGGCCCCGGUCAUCACAGAGAUGGUGAGAGUCAAGAGGAGAGUCACCAAGUCGUUGGGUCAGCGGUCGCCCUCUCCACUCCCGAUGGGAGACAUCAUGGUGCCCGAGGCCGACCAGGGAAGCCCCGUCAGGGACUCGUUCAUCUACUCACCACCUCGAAGGAGAACCAGAGGUAGGAGAGUAGAGUCUGCCGGUCAGAAUGACUUGUCUGCGCCUCCUGUUACUCGUACCAGGCGACCGGCGGACACCACUGCAGCACAGCCUGAUAACGAGGAAAAGAACUCCUCAGAAGACGAUGUGGAGAAAGAGACGGCUGCUGCUAAAACCAAAGCACCCAAGAGGCGAACAACCAAGCGCAAUGCAGCGCCCCCUCCCCCAGCCAAGGUGGAUUUAAUCUCUCCUAUGCCCAGUCCGGCCAAGCCCACCCCGCGCACCACGAGGAGGCUGGUGGAGGAGAACGAUGCCCCAGCCUCCCGGAUGAACCUCCGACGCAAACGAGUGCUGGAGGCAAUCUUCCCCAAACCAGUCACCCGCAGGAAGAAACUAUGAUCGGAUGCCAAUUUAGCCCUGAACAAACUACAGCAUCAACUUGGAAUCUUACAGACUGUCAGAACUCAUAGGGUGAAUCUCCUCGUCUCCUUUCCUUCAACUGCCCUGAAUAAUAGGAUGGGGGGGGAAAGUAGUAAGGUGCCUGCUGGGUAUUUGCUUUUCAAUACACUAUAACACAGAUGAAGAAAAGGAGACAGAGGAAUCCAUUCUAGAGAUGCAACUGUGGACUGAACUCCUAACUUUACUCUGAGGAAACUAUUUUAUCCAGAUUUUCUUUUAACGGUUACAGCCUGGUUUUUUUUGUAUUUAUGACAGACAACCAGUGGAGAACAUUUUUAAAAAAUGAAUUAAGCAAAUUUAAUUGGAUAUUGAUCAAAUAAUUUUCUAUAAAUUAUUGUUAUGUUUACAGGGCGGAAGACUGGGGGACUUGAACACCAAGAAAGUGUUUUUUAUUUCUGGAGAAUUCUUAAAUUUCUAUAAAUUGAUGCGUAUGUAAAUAGUCUCUUUUGCCAUGUUAUGAAUAAAGUUGAAUACUUGUGAA